AGUUUGACCUAUGUAUACUGAUUGUUCGGAAUGGAGGGGUUUGUGUAUUCACCCCUGAACACGUAUACCUAUAACAACUCAAAAUCAAGGCAGCAGAAUUAUAGUCGGAAAAGCUAUCCCCCUGGUACUGUUGAAGCUGUUGAGUACUUGGACAACUACAAGAGGGCGCAGCUGAAAGCUAUUCUCUCUCAAGUGAACCCCAACCUGACUCCGCGGCUGAGAAAAGCAAAUACCAAAGAGAUCGGGAUCCAGGUUAACCCGAAAGUAGAUGCUUCCGUCCAGUGCUCCCUGGGGCCCAGGACCCUGCCUCGCCAGAAGCGCCGAGCAGCGAGCGAAGGAGCAGCGCCCAGUGCCCGAUCGCUCUCCCCGGGCGCUGCCGCCGAUGCUGGCGGGGACCCCGAGGCUGGCGGGGUCCAGCCGCGAUCCCCCGCGGUCGUGCGUUUCUCCCGUCCCGUGGCGGUCUACUCGCCAGUGUUUGACCGCUGCCUGGUGGAGGAGAACCAAGAGCAGGGCAAACCCGAGGACUGGGAGAGCGGUUUUCCUCUACUGGAGAGACCGAAGGCAGCAGCUCUUCUCCCUGAGACAGGCGGUCUGGACACAGCCCAAGAGAAGGAAGAAGACCGGGAAAAAGCGGAACAGAGGGACAGCCCAGAAACCAGGGCAGGAGAAGGGAGCCAGAAGUUCAGAUUUCAGUUUCUAGAACAGAAAUAUGGAUAUUAUCACUGCAAAGACUGCAAUAUCAGAUGGGAAAGUGCUUAUGUCUGGUGUAUUUCUGGAACCAACAAGGUUUACUUCAAGCAAUUUUGUCGCAAGUGUGAUAAUGGGUACAAUCCUUACAGGGUGGAAGCUAUUCUGUGCCAGACAUGUUUCAAAACCCGCUGCACUUGUACUCAGAAGAAGCGACACAUUGAUCCAAAGAGACCACACCGUCAGGAAUUGUGCGGCCGUUGCCGAGGCAAGAGGUUAUCCUGUGACAAUACGUAUAGCUUCAAGUAUAUUGUCUGAAUUAAUAUUUCUCUAGUCUCUUGUAUACUAUGGCUACUGACCUGGCAUGGAUAAUGGAUCUUUUGUAUUCCUACCUAGCAUAAUUGUAUAAUAGAAAUGUGAAUUAAAUUAUUAAAGCACUAA